GCUGCAGCGCGCAGCCGGGCCCUGCCGGAGCCGGGACUAGCAUGUGCCGCGGCUCCCCGGCGGCGGCGGCGGCGGCUCCUCUGCAGAAGCAGCAGCGGCCACCAUGGCCAAGGCCAGCGUGGAGCUCACCCGAGAGCUGCAAGCCCUGGGAGGUGGGGCUAGCAGGGAUAAGAGGAGCUCUGAGCACGCCCCCCACCCACCUGCAGACAGUAUCCGGAGGUGCCUCAGCCAAGGUGCUGUGUUCCAACAACAUCGCGUGAAGCUAGAGACAAAACCCAAGAAGUUUGAGGACAGAGUGCUGGCCCUGACCUCCUGGCGCCUCCACCUCUUCCCCCUUAAGGUCCCUGCCAAGGUGGAGAGCUCCUUCAAUGUCCUGGAGAUCCGCGCCUUUAACACCCUCGGUCAGAACCAGAUCCUGGUGGAGACUGAGCGGGGCAUGGUGAGCCUGCGGCUGCCAUCAGCUGAGAGCGUGGACCAGGUGACCCGACAUGUGAGCUCCGCCCUUUCCAAGGUCUGCCCGGGCCCUGGGUGUCUGAUCCGGCGUGCAAAUGCAGACACCCCAGAGGGACCCCGAGAUACAUCCCCCAAUUCUGAGACUUCCACAUCUACCACUCACAGUGUGUGUGGUGGCUUCUCUGAGACCUAUGCUGCCCUGUGCGACUACAAUGGCCUGCACUGCCGUGAGGAAGUGCAAUGGGAUGUGGACACCAUCUACCAUGCCGAGGAUAACCGCGAGUUCAAUCUUUUGGAUUUCAGCCACCUGGAGAGCCGAGACUUGGCCCUAAUGGUGGCAGCCCUGGCCUACAACCAGUGGUUCACCAAACUCUACUGCAAAGACCUUCGGCUGGGCUCAGAAGUGCUAGAACAGGUGCUACAUACCCUGAGCAAGUCGGGGAGCCUCGAAGAGCUGGUGCUGGACAAUGCUGGGCUUAAGACGGACUUUGUCCAGAAGCUGGCCGGGGUGUUUGGGGAGAACGGGAGCUGUGUGCUGCAUGCCCUCACUCUGUCCCACAACCCCAUCGAGGACAAGGGUUUCCUCAGUCUGAGCCAGCAGCUCCUCUGCUUCCCUACCGGCCUCACCAAGCUGUGCCUGGCCAAGACUGCCAUUUCCCCACGAGGGCUCCAGGCGCUGGGCCAGACCUUCGGGGCCAACCCGGCCUUUGCCAGCUCCCUUCGAUACCUGGACCUGAGCAAGAACCCUGGGCUGCUCGCCACAGAUGAGGCCAACGCCCUCUACAGUUUCCUGGCCCAGCCCAAUGCCCUGAUCCACCUGGACCUGUCAGGGACUGACUGCACUGUCGACCUGCUUCUGGGUGCCCUGCUCCAUGGCUGCUGCUCCCACCUCACCUACCUCAACCUGGCUCGAAACAGCUGCACCCACAGGAAGGGCCGGGAGGCCCCACCGGCCUUCAAGCAGUUCUUCAGCAGCACCUACACACUGAGCCACAUCAACCUGUCGGCCACAAGACUGCCUCUGGAGGCCCUCAGGGCGCUGCUGCAGGGCCUCUCCCUCAACAGCCACCUCAGCGAUCUGCACCUGGACCUCAGCAGCUGUGAGCUCCGCUCAGCAGGAGCCCAAGCCUUGCAGGAGCAGCUGGGAUCUGUCACCUGUGUGGGCAGCCUUGAUCUGUCAGACAAUGGGUUCGACUCCGACCUCCUGACAUUGGUGCCUGCACUUGGCAAGAACAAGUCUCUCAAGCACCUGUUCCUGGGCAAGAACUUCAAUGUCAAGGCCAAGACCCUGGAGGAGAUCCUACAUAAACUGGUGCAGCUGAUCCAGGAAGAGGACUGUUCCCUGCAGUCACUGUCGGUGGCAGACUCCCGGCUGAAGCUUCGAACCAGCAUCCUCAUCAAUGCCCUCGGCAGCAACACCUGCCUGGCCAAAGUGGAUCUGAGCGGCAAUGGGAUGGAGGACAUCGGGGCUAAGAUGCUGUCUAAGGCCUUGCAGAUAAACUCGUCCCUCAGAACUAUCCUAUGGGAUCGGAACAACACAUCUGCCCUGGGCUUCCUGGACAUCGCAAGGGCCCUGGAGAGCAACCACACACUGCGCUUCAUGUCCUUCCCGGUGAGCGACAUCUCCCAAGCCUACCGCAGUGCUCCUGAGCGCACUGAGGACGUCUGGCAGAAGAUCCAGUGGUGCCUGGUGAGGAACAAUCACUCCCAAACCUGCCCCCAGGAACAGGCAUUCAGGCUGCAGCAGGGCCUGGUGACCAGCAGCGCCGAGCAAAUGCUGCAGCGGCUGUGUGGACGAGUGCAGGAGGAGGUGCGGGCCCUGAGGCUGUGCCCCUUGGAGCCUGUGCAGGAUGAACUUCUCUAUGCGCGGGACCUCAUCAAGGAUGCCAAGAACUCCCGGGCGCUGUUUCCCAGCCUCUAUGAGCUGGGCCAUGUGCUGGCCAAUGAUGGGCCUGUGCGGCAGAGGCUGGAGUCAGUGGCCAGUGAGGUGUCGAAGGCUGUGGACAAGGAGCUGCAGGUGAUCCUGGAAUCCAUGGUCAGCCUAACACAGGAGUUAUGCCCUGUGGCCAUGCGGGUGGCUGAGGGGCACAACAAGAUGCUGAGCAAUGUGGCAGAGCGCGUCACUGUGCCUCGGAACUUCAUCCGAGGGGCACUGCUGGAGCAAGCGGGACAGGACAUUCAGAACAAAUUGGACGAGGUGAAGCUCUCGGUCGUCACCUACUUGACCAACUCCAUAGUGGACGAGAUCCUGCAGGAACUUUACCACUCCCACAAGAGCCUGGCCCGGCACCUGACCCAGCUAAGGACACUGUCGGAUCCACAAGGAGGGCCAGGCCAAGGGCAGGAUCUGUCCUCUCGAGGCCGAGGCCGGAACCACGACCAUGAGGAGACCACAGAUGAUGAACUUGGGACCAACAUUGACACUAUGGCCAUCAAAAAGCAGAAACGAUGCCGUAAGAUCCGCCCAGUAUCUGCCUUCAUCAGUGAGUCUCGCACCCUCUGUUUUAAUAUCUGCCAGGCUCCCCGCCCUUCCCCAGGCCCUUUUUCCCUUUCUUUUUUCCCUACCUCUCCAUCCUCCUCUCUCCCUGUCCCUGCUGCUAGUCCCUCUAACAGUCCUGUGCCAAUAGGUGGGAGCCCUCAGGACAUGGAAAGCCAACUGGGGAGCCUGGGAAUCCCUCCUGGCUGGUUCUCAGGACUCGGGGGCAGCCAGCCCACAGCUAGCGGCUCCUGGGAAGGUCUAUCUGAGCUGCCCACUCAUGGCUAUAAACUGAGGCAUCAAACACAAGGGAGGCCCCGGCCCCCCAGGACUACCCCUCCAGGACCUGGCCGGCCCAGCCAGGUACCAGUACCUGGGACACGCCAGGAGAACGGGAUGGCCAGCUGCCUGGAUGAGGGGCUGGAGGACUUCUUCAGCCGGAAGGUCAUGGAUGAAAGUUCCAGCUACCCCAGAACUCUGAGGACGGUGCGGCCAGGCCUCUCGGAACCGCCUCUGCCUCCGCUCCAGAAGAAGAGACGUCGAGGACUGUUUCACUUUCGCCGUCCCCGGAGCUUCAAGGGGGACAGGGGGCCAGGGUCCCCCACCACCGGACUCCUCCUCCCUCCGCCCCCGCCCCCACCCCCGACUCAGGAGAGCCCUCCCAGCCCAGACCCCCCAAGCCUCGGCAAUAACAACUCUUCUCCUUGCUGGACCCCAGAGGAGGAGAGCAGCCUCCUACCUGGACUGGCCGGGGGCCGGGGGCCUUCCUUCCGAAGGAAGAUGGGCACUGAGGGGUCAGAGGCAGGGGAAGGGGUCACAACCCCUAGGACAGCACAGCAGCCAACGGUACAUGGUGUUGCCCUGCCUGGGUUAGGAAGACCCAAGGGUUGGAGCUUCGACGGGAAACGAGAGGGGACAGGUUCCGACCUGGAGGACAGCACCCAGGCUUGGCAGAAACGGCGCUCUUCAGACGACGCAGGUCCUGGAGCCUGGAAGCCCCCACCACCACCCCAAAGCAGCAAGCCGAGCUUCAGCGCCAUGCGCCGAGCAGAGGCCACAUGGCACAUAGCUGAGGAGAGUGGCCCCAGCCACAGCUGCCAGAGCCCCAGCCCAGCCUCCCAAGAUGGAGAGGAAGAGGAGGGGGCCUUCUUCCCAGAGAGGACAGUUCUAGCUAGGAAUGCCAAGCUGCAGGACCCCCCUUUAGCUCCACGGCUCCCCAAGCCAGUGGCUGUGCCCAGGGGCCGGCGAGCCCCCCAGGUCCAAGGGGGCAGGGAGGAGGCCGAGACUGGGGGUACAGCCCCAGGAAUCAGCAAGCCCCGGCUGAGGCUGGGCUCACAGCAAGACCAAGAGGAGCCUGAAGUCCAAGGGCCCCCUGAUCCAGGCCGCCGGACCGCCCCCCUGAAGCCUAAGAGGACACGGCGGGCACAGUCCUGUGACAAACUGGAGCCUGACAGAAGGCGGCCCCCUGACCCCGCAGGUGCUAGUGGUAAGAGGGCAGGUCCCCCUUACCACCAGUCUGUCCCUCUGCCCAGUAUUGCACCUCCUUAAGCCCCAACAUGGGGCAGUUUUCUCUCCCUGACCAGGAAACAGGGUUCCCUGGAUUUGUCCCCAGCAGGAAGCAGUGAGCCAGGAACAGACUGACGGCCGCCGCCUCACUUUCCCCAGCCUUCCUCUCGACAUGUGCCUCACAAGGACUCAGACCCCCACCCACUCCUGCUCCCCCCAGACCUCCCGCCAGCCCCUGUCCUACAGAGACAGGAUAUAGGGCCAGGCACAGGGGAGCAGGAGGCGGGGGAUCAGAAGGGAGGAAGCAACCUGGAGAGAGGGAGGCUCUCAUUGCCUCCCUCCAUGCCUUGCUCGGCAGAGAGCUUUGGGUGGACCUGUCUCCUCCCCUGGGAGGGUAGAUCUCUGUCCCUCUAUCCCCAGGGGCUUCUCCCCACUUGUAUAGAAUAAAAAAAAGAAAAAAAACA